AUAAAGCAACUGAGUUCCGAGGUGCCUCUUUGGAAAUCGUACCCACGGAAUAGGCAGCUUGCCAGACAAGCCUUCUGUGGUGUGACCGCAGUGCAUUCAGGCUUUAAUGAAAUCCAGGCAGCACACAUUACAUGGUGUAUCAGCCGAGAGCCAGCCUCCCUACAGUAAUCACGACUGAUAUAUAUUUUUUUUUAAAAACACGCACACACUCGGCACAGAGUCGGCGGGUGGGAGAGAGAAAAACAGAAGUGAAUCCGUUCUAAUGUACCCAGUUAUUUUUAGUUUGAAGGAGAUACAACCUAGGUCAGUCCGCGUUCUGUGAAUGUAUUAACAUUUUGUGAACUGUCGCCCCCCACCCCACCCCCCCUUUCGUAGACAUCGCUCAGUGAUCAGAGUGAGAAUGGCAUCGCACUGCCCUGUUUGUGUGCUGCUAUACAAUCCUGGGAUCAUCCUCUGACGAGUUUCGGAGAAAAGAAUGGACUUUCACCAGCAAGGGCCUCAUGCAGACAGAGGCUGACGGGGGUGCGAGCAAACCUACAUGGAAAAGUCAUCCAGAACUGCAGUCCUCACUGCUGAACCAGAUUCUUAUCAACAGCACCUAUUUUGGGGGUUGGUAGGGGAGAAGAGGCAGCUUCGCACCCCGAAUUUCUACUCAGCGGCAAAGCUAAAGAGGGGUUUUAUUUACACUAGUGACCAGGAGAUUAAUCUUCAUCCAUUGGAGAUUCCAGACAUUCCAGUGGGUUGGUACCCCAAGGUGAGAACUGCAGCUUCACAUUGGGCAACUGGUACAAGCCAUAGCCCAGCCAAGCGAGCAAUUUGCUGAAAGAGGCCAAGUGACGUCACUAUGUGGAGUUGUGUAGGUUCUAAUGGAACAGUAAACAGCGUGGAUCAGCAGUUCUGCUACGACCUUGAAUUGGUCUUUUCCAUCCUCUCCAUCAUUUACCUCAUCAUCUGUUUCCCUUUCAGCAUCUGCUACAAUUCCUUGCUGGUCCUUGUUAACCUCUACAACAAGCCAUCAAUGACUAUGCCUGAUGUUUACUUUGUCAACAUCGCAAUCGCAGGCCUCAUCCUCAGUCUUGUGGCUUUGAUACAGCUGCUUGGGCCAGACAAUCCACAGUGGGCUGUAUGGACAUUCAAUAGGGAGGUCUACAUCACCUUGCUAAUAUUGUUUAACAUCUCAGCUUUGGUGACCAUGUACUCUACCACUUUGCUCAGCUUGGACUACUACAUUGAGCAAGCUUUGCCAAGAACUUACAUGUCCAGUGUCUACAAUACCAAGCACGUCUGUGGGUUUAUCUGGGGAGGGGCUGUCCUCACCAGCUUUUCAUCUCUUCUGCUGUACGUGUGCAGCCAUGUUCCGAAGAUAAUUGAGUGUUCGAAAAUACAGAAUAAAGAGGUGGCAGAUACCAUCAUGGUGUUUAUCGGUUUCUUUGUGCCUGCCAUAGCAGUGCUGUAUGCCUUGAUACUAAUUCUCCGAAUACGGAACCAGUCCACUCCUCUUGAUCAAGAUUCUGCAAGACUGGAUCCUUCUACACACAAAUUGCUGGUGGCCACAGUCUGCACUCAGUUUAUACUGUGGACCCCUUAUUACAUGACACUGUUGGUUCACAUUACGUUAAACUCUAAAGGAUCAGACUUGAUAACGCAGUAUCAUGUUUACUAUUUUGUUAAGGGCUUAUCUACGCUGCUGGCUUAUUCAUGCAGCUUUGUUAUACCACUACUCUAUACUUACAUGCACAAAAACUUCACCAACAAACUGAGGCAGCUAGUCAGAAAACUGGACUGUUGGACUGAAGGAUGCUCUCACCAACACUCAGAAGUGCAGCAACAAGUUUUUCUGAGCGAGAGCUAAGGUUCCUUCAAAAGGUAUGCAUCUUCACAAAUCAAGGCAGAACAAAAAAUAUUGCAGUACUGGUCCUAAAAGCAAUAACCCUGCAGCAUCU